CUCCAGUCUUUAAAAGUCACGUGUGCACUUCCCAGGACACGAGGGGCAGGGUCCAGGCUCAGCCGUCGCCAAUUCCCCAUAUCAACCCCAGAUUUAUCCCAAUCCCAAGACAACAAACAACAACCUCGUCGUAAACCGCAUGGUGAGAGAGAGAGGCUUCUCCGUUUCACAAUCGCUUCUCUCCCAUUGCGGAUUGAUAUCUACUUUUAUAACUUUCCGGACGCUGGUUAUACGGACUCGUAGCUCGCUGGGCCACAUGUGACAGCUAUGGGCGUUUUCUCCUCCUUACGCAGCAUUUAUGCCCUCGACACUCUAGACACCCGCUUUACCAGCUCUCCAAGGGUCCCAUACCAGGCAGUAGUCGAUGCCCGAGAUGGACAGGGAAUUGCGCCUGGCACAGAUGCCCCGGUGAAGCUUGACAGCCGGCGGAAGCCAAUCCCACCUACGCGCUCCUUAUGGAAGACGACCGAGUUCUACCUCUACUAUCUUGUAGUUACUAUAUCUUUGGCGUACAUGUUCUGGGUUGCCUUUGAUGUUUCUAGACCAUCGGAUCCCAACUAUUACAAGUAUGAACGCUGGCUAGCACCCGGCUGGAUACCGGGUCGCAGAGUCGACGUGUCCGAUGCCCAGUACCGAACAUUCAGGAGGAACACUCCAUAUAUCUUUGCGCUGCUCCUCGUCCACCCGGUACUGCGACGUGUCUACGAACGAUUACGGCCUGUAUCAACUCAGUCGAGGGCAUCAUUUUCGGGUCAGCCACGGAGGGUCGCUGGAGACGCAAGGCUAGAGCAGCGCACAUCCUUCGACUUUGUGUUUGCUUUGAUCUUUCUGGCCGCUCUCCACGGCUUCUCCGUUUUCAAAGUUGUCUUCAUUCUAUACCUCAACUAUUCUCUGGCCACGAAGUUACCGAAGAAAUAUAUCGUGCCAGCAACCUGGAUAUUUGCCGUCGGCACUCUGUUUGCGAAUGAGAUUUUCAAUGGAUACCCGUAUGCCAAAAUUGAGAAAUUUCUAAUGCCAUGGGCUAGCCAAAGUAGCUUCCAGGUUGGAGCGGUUAAGCUUUCAUGGGGUUCUUGGCUUGAUGGUUAUUCCGGGAUUAUGCCCAGAUGGGCUAUCUUGUUCAACCUCACAGUCCUGAGACUCGUGAGCUUCAACAUAGACUACUACUGGAGUUUGGACCACAGAGCUGGUAGCCCGCUAGAGAAGAAACAACUCGACCCCGCCAACCUCUCCGAAAACGAUCGCAUCCGCACCUCCGCCCCCGCAAGAGACUACAACUUCCGCAACUACCUCGCCUAUGCCAUCUACGCCCCUCUCUACCUCGUCGGCCCCAUCGUCACCUACAACGACUACAUCUCGCAAUGCAAAUACCGCUCCCCGACUAUCGAGACCUCGCGCACCCUCAAAUACGGCAUCCGCCUCUUCCUCACCUUCCUCUGCAUGGAAUUCAUCCUACACUUCGACUACUGUGUCGCCAUCUCCAAAGCCAACCCCGUCUGGUCUGACUACAGCGCCAAGCAGCUCUCCAUCAUGUCGCUCUUCAACCUCCACAUCGUGUGGCUGAAGCUGCUUCUCCCCUGGAGACUCUUCCGCUUCUGGGCCCUCCUCGACGGCAUGGACCCCCCCGAGAACAUGAUCCGCUGCGUGUCCGACAGCUUCUCCACCGUCCGCUUCUGGCGCGCCUGGCACCGCUCCUUCAAUAAGUGGAUCGUGCGCUAUCUGUAUAUUCCCCUCGGCGGUUCCAACAUCACCGGUCGCUUCGGCCUAGCGAGGACGAUCCUCAAUUACCUCGUCGUAUUCACGUUUGUGGCGCUGUGGCAUGAUAUCAGUCUUAACCUGCUUGUUUGGGGCUGGCUCAUCGUGCUAUUCAUGUUACCGGAGAUUAUUGGGACGAGGCUCUUCCCGCGCUCGAAGUGGGAGAAUAAUCUUAAGGCGUGGCGCAUGCUGUGCGCUGCGGGGUCGGUACUGAAUGUUAUAAUGAUGAUGUCGGCUAACCUGGUCGGCUUCGCGGUGGGGGUGGAUGGGAUGAAGAGUAUCAUCCACGGCAUAUUUAGUGAUUGGGGAGGAAUCGCCUUCUUACUCACGGCGUCAGGAGUCUUGUUUACAGCAAUCCAGAUCAUGUUCGAAGUGCGAGAGAGCGAGAUUAGACACGGGAUUGAUCUCAAGUGUUAGGUGUGGAGCGGCAUUAUACUGUAUUUGCGCGCAUGUACGACCGAGCAUAAGUUGGCGUUCUUUUGUCUCUUUUGGAGCCUGUAUAGAUAGGGAUGAUUUGAUAUUUUUUGUACAUGGUAUUAUUAGGCUAUGUAAUAUGAUGCCAAUUGAGCCGAGCUUUGAGCAUUUGAU